UGGUCACUUGCUGCUCAUUUACUGAGAAUGGGAGGUAGAGGUAGCUUUAGGGACCUCGCGGAGCGUUUAAAGCACAUGGUCCCCACUCAUAAGGCAACACUCCUCUUCAGUAUUAAUUGCCCUGGAAUUGAUGUCAUUCCUGUGGGCGACUGAGACAGCAGCGGGUUGUGUAUUUGUUAAUGUUUUCAUCGCUCGCUCUUCAAUUCCCUCACAUUUCUCACUUUUUGCGCGAGGCAGCUUUUGACUUGGACUUCUCUGAAUGGUGCGCGGAGUUGAAUCAGCUGUCGUCGGGAUUUCCUAAGGCACUCAUAUACUUGAUCAUAUUUCAGGAAGUCGUUUUAUUGUGGGGGGGCUCUUGCACAUCAGCUGUUGGUGGACUGUGGUUGUAUGAUGGUUGCGCUGCAGUGAAACAGUUGGCCAGUCCCGUCCACGCUUCAGCCGGGCAUCAUGAAUCCCGGGAGCCGGAGUCUGAAGUUUGUUAUUUUGACAGCACUUCACGCUUUAUAUGUCUCGAUAUCGGUGUGUGACAGUGUGCUCUCCAGAUCUGCUGAAGGGGAUCUUUUGAGCACGCCUGUUCAUCACAGACCAACAGCAAAGCAGAAACACUAUGGGACUACAGUACCUCUUCAGCGUGUUGGACAAGACUGGAAACCAAUCACCCAACUCAAAUCCCAGAGUCACCCUGCAUCACUGAAGCUCCUGAUUGAAACGGAAGGUGAACAGCUGCUCUUGGCUCUGGAGAAAAACGAGGGGCUGUUUGCAAGUAACUAUACAGAAACCCAUUACCUGGAAGAUGGCAGUGCGGUCACAGGCUCUCACAACUUCAUGGCAAACUGCUACUACCACGGUGAGGUGGAGGGUCAUGUCAACUCGGACGUCAGCCUCAGUACCUGUGCUGGUGUUAAGGGUUUCAUAUCUCUUGAAGGCAAAUCCUAUGUACUGGAACCAUCUGCUGAUCACUCUGAUGGGACUCACUGGAUCUACACAGCUGAACACCUCAAUUUUGCUCCUGGCACCUGUGGCCAUGAUUUCAACAUAUCCUAUCCCACUGAAUAUGCAGACAGCGGUCCAUUCAGGGCUUUCAGUACAAGGCAUAAACGCCACACCCAGACUACGACCAAGUAUGUGGAGCUGAUCAUUGUGGCUGACAACAGAGAGUUUCAGAAGCAAGGCAAGGACAUGGAGAAGGUCAAGCAGCGGCUGGCUGAGAUCGCCAAUUACGUGGACAAGUUCUACAGGGCUCUGAAUAUCCGUGUGGCCCUGGUGGGCCUGGAGGUGUGGAGUGAUGUGGACAAGUGUCCCGUCACCCAAGACCCCUUCACCACCUUGCAUGAGUUCCUUGACUGGAGGAAGGUCAAGCUGCUUCCUCAGAAGCCUCAUGACAACGCCCAGCUAAUCAGUGGGGUCUAUUUCCAGGGCACCACCAUUGGUAUGGCACCCAUUAUGAGUAUGUGCACAGCAGAGCAGUCGGGAGGAAUCGUCAUGGACCAUUCGGACAACCCCCUGGGUGCUGCAGUCACUCUGGCCCACGAGCUCGGACACAACUUUGGAAUGAACCAUGAUACCCCAGAAAGGGGGUGUGGCUGCAGGGUGACAGUGGACCGUGGAGGCUGCAUCAUGACUCCCUCCACCGGGUAUCCGUUCCCCACAGUGUUCAGCAGCUGCAGCAAGAAGGACCUGACAGCCAGUUUUGAAAAAGGCGUUGGGAUGUGUCUGUUCAACAUGCCUGAGGUCAAGGUGCUCUAUGGUGGGCAAAAAUGUGGCAACGGCUACGUGGAGGAGGGAGAGGAGUGUGACUGUGGAGAACUUGAGGAAUGUAUGAAUCCCUGCUGCAAUGCUACUACCUGCACCCUGAAGGGGGACGCUGUUUGUGCACACGGACAGUGCUGCCAAGACUGUCAGCUGAAGCCAGCAGGCACUCCAUGUCGUGAAUCCAGUAACGCUUGUGAUCUGCCUGAGUUCUGCACCGGUAGCGGCCCUCACUGCCCCUCCAACGUCUACCUGCAUGAUGGCCAUGCCUGCCACAACAAGGACGGACACUGUUAUAAUGGCAUCUGUCAGACUCACGAGCAGCAGUGUAUCACACUGUGGGGCCAAGGGGCAAAGCCAGCUCCGGGCAUCUGCUUUGAAAGGGUCAACUCAGCAGGAGACCCCUAUGGCAACUGUGGCAAAGACUCCAAAGGCUCCUUUGCCAAAUGUGACGCACGAGAUGCUAAAUGUGGCAAAAUCCAGUGUCAAGGAGGAGCUAACCGCCCAGUAAUUGGUACCAACGCUGUUUCCAUAGAAACAAACAUCCCUAUGCAGGAAGGGGGAAGGAUACUGUGCCGAGGUACACAUGUCUACUUGGGCGAUGACAUGCCCGACCCCGGCCUGGUUCUGACGGGGACCAAGUGUGGAGAUGGAAUGAUGUGUCUGAAUCGUCAGUGCCAGAACGUCAGUGUUUUUGGUGUGCAUGAGUGUUCAGCCAAGUGCAGUGGUCGAGGGGUGUGCAACAACAACAAAAACUGUCACUGUGAGGCUCACUGGGCACCUCCAUUCUGUGACAAGGCAGGUUUUGGAGGGAGUGUGGACAGUGGCCCCAUCAGAUUAGCUGACAGCGGGAUUCUAACAGUGGGCAUUCUGGUGACUCUCCUCACGGUCCUGGGAGCUGGUCUGAUCAUCUGCAUCAAGAGAAAAACUCUACUGGGCCUGCUCUUCACCAGUAAAAAGAACCCAAUUGAGAAGCUCAGAUCAGUAAGCACUGGAAUCAGCGGACCAUCCACUCCUAACCAGCCUCCAUCAGUGAGCAUGACGUCUCCAUCUCGACCAGCCCCGCCUCUACCACACAGCGCCACCAUCUUCAAGCCUCCUCACCGGGGCCCAGAGGCGGUGCUCCCACCAGCCCCCUACCCGUCCCACAGCCUGCGCAGACUGCCCCAGUGCCCUCCGGUUCACCUCAGCCACCCUGUCCCUCUGUCUCUCACCCUGUCCCUCUCCCCUGGCCCCGGGCAGCCAAAACCCGCCAUACCUCCACCUCACAUCCACGUUGCACCCAGGGGGGCGUCGUUUCGCAGUGCGUCACGCCAUAACUCCUGCAGGAUGGUCAUGGAGUUGGAGAAGCCCAGUCCUCCUCAGAAACCCCUUCCUGCUGAUCCAAGGAGCUCUCGUCUGGUUCGAAGUCCCUCUCUAGUGCACAAUGUAGUCCAAGGGCCCUCUGCUGUUUGUGGCCCUGCACCAAUACCUGGUGUACCCAGACCUGUACGCCCUAUCCCACGUCCCAACAGACCCAGUCCCAAGCAACCUCCAACACUACCAAAGCCUUGCAUAAUUGCCAACGUUAAAUACAGCAGCUGAGACUUUGGCCGGAAGGGACAUUGUUGUGAUAAGAGAUUUGCACUAUGAAAACUUUGAAAACUUUAAAAAGAAGGUGGCUUCUCUGAGUUUUGAAUCAGAAGAACUGCCAUGUCCCUUUGGUGCUCUGUCUCUGAAUGGUGCUACGAGUCUGAGCUCAGGUACAUGUAAAGUAUUUAUAUUCUGUAUUUAUUGCCACGCAGUGCACUGUGCUAGGCACUUUUACUACACGGUAGCAACUUUUUCAUUUGCUGUUUGCAUCAGUGUCACAAUUCUUAUUUUUUUCUUAUCAACUGAUCUUUAUCAAAAAGAGCGGUGGGAGAUUUAGAAAUAAAAAAGCCAAUCUGUGAAAUUCUGAUUGCAGAAAUGUUGUUGUGAAGAGCUGAAAAGGAGUUUUGUGCAAUGACAGAUGAGAACAGAGAAAACUUCAGACAACAGUUGAAAUCCAAUGUUUUUUUUCUUGAAGGGUAAUGCUCUCUGUAGCAGCUUUAAGCCAGUCAGACGAGGCUUGAAACAACCACAGAAAAAGAAAAAGUGGUAUUACUGCAACAGUUCUGCAAUGUGUUCUGAAAUGUCAUUGUCGUUUCCUUUUCAUUAACAAGCCCCAAGAAGCUCACUUGAGGGAUCUGGGUACUGAUAUAUGAACUGAACAUGGAUCUAAAAUGAGCCGAGAUCAAGGAAGCAUUCACCCCUCAGAGAGAGUAAACUUUUCUGAAAUAAUCCUCUGCUAAAGGUCAUGUGUGUUUUUGAAUAUUUCCCUCUGUGCCUGUCUACACCGAGGACUCUGUGUGAAACUCUGUAAUUAAAUUAUGGAAUCACUAAGGACUUUCUUAAAACUGUGGCCAUACAGGCGUCUUGGAGGCACUCACAUGUAAACAGCCAGUGUCUGGCUACAGUGUUCAUGUGUGGAUUUUAAAUCGUGUUUUUCUGUGAUGGGAAAGGACAGAUUCAGUUGACGAGGACACAUCUGCCACUGAAAUGAAGUUUAGUGGUUAGUGUACACGGAGCCACCAAUAACUGUGGCAGUUAUUCAUUUUCUAUUUUUUGUACCUUUUAAAUUUGGCUAUUGAGAUUAGUUUUUAAAGCCAGUCUUCAUGCCAGAUAUAAAAUCCUGCAUAAAUCGGAUUUGUGGUAAUUAAACAGUGUUUUAUUAUUUUUGCAGUAUUAUUGUUUUACUGUAUUGCAAUGCAGCAUAUAUACAUUCACAUUGAGCAGCAUUUCCUUUAAGCACAGCUCUUGACAAAUAUCUAGGGUGAAAACUGACUUUGGACUUUUGUUACUUUUGAUACUGUUAUCUUUUUAAUACUGCACUAGUUUUACAUUCAUUGCUUUGUUUACUUUGCUUUUUCAGUGCUAUGUGUCCAUGUACUAAUAGACAGUAUUUCAGUACAGUCACCUGACUGUAUGUUAUGUUCAUGUGUUCCUCAUAUGUUGUGUUACAGGUGAACAUAUUUCCAUGGAGAAUGCUUUUUUAUAAUGAUUGUUUGAUACAUCAUAUGUAAAGAAAACACUUAGUGUCAGUGUCUAGUCAUGGUAUUUUGAACACUCAUGCAGUAUUAGUAAAACUGUUUUUCAAACACUGAA